ACCAAUGAACGGAUAACUUUUAAAAAUCAAUUGAAAAAGAGGUUAGACAUUACUUAGUGCCAUUUUGAUCAUUAUAUUUUAUAUAUCAUAUUUCAUCAGUCUACAAUACGUGUACAUAAAAAAUAUAUCAAUAAUAUAAUCAGAAAUUCAAAUCAACCUUGAAAAAGUUUUAAGAUUUAAAAUUGCCGUUGGUGAAAAACUGGUGGGGGGAUUUAUUCAAAACGGACAUUUUGGUUGGACCAGUCUGUUUUUAUAUCUUUGGCUAGGUCUACACAAUGAAUGAAUCAUAAAUCGAGAUCACUACAUUCUGAAGAUAAUUUUCGUUCAAUCUAUACGUAUUAGUAAGUUCUGUUAUUAAUUUUAAACGAUGGAAGACGAAGAAUACAAGAAACUUCCAAUUGAGGACAAAUGUGUUCAUAAAUUAUGGAAAGCCAGGGUAUGUGGAUAUGAAGAAGUUACAAAGUUAUUUAGACAAAUUGACGAUGAAAAAUCUCCGGAAUUCGGUAAAUACCUGGGAUUAGUUAAAAAAUUUGUUACUGAUAGCAAUGCUAUGGGGCAAGAGAAAGGAUUGGAAGCUACUUUAGCAUAUGUAGAAAAUUACGCCCAUGCUGGAAAAACGGUAUCAGAAGUAAUGUCCGGAGUUGUUGCAAAAUGUAUAGCUGCACCUAAGACAAAAACCAGAGAAUUGGCACUCCAACUUACACUUAUGUAUAUCGAGAUUGAAAAAUUUGAAGCUGUAGAAGAUGAACUUAUUAAGGGCAUGGAAUUGAAGAAUCCAAAAAUUGUAACAGCAUGUGUAAAUGCUUGUACAACAGCUUUGAGAGAAUUCGGAUCAAAGGUCAUUAAUGUUAAACCACUUUUGAAAAAAAUCAGUGUCCUUUUGGCAGAUAGAGACAAAAGUGUUAGAGAUGAAACUAAACUUAUGAUUGUAGAAAUGUAUAGAUGGAUAGGAGCUUCCCUUAGGCUACAAUUACAAGCAGCUAGCUUACAACCUGUUCAAAUAACUGAAUUAGAGACUGAAUUUGCGAAAAUUGAAGGACAGAAAGCUGUUCCAACCAGAUAUAUAAGGUCUCAGCAAGUAAAACAGGCUAAGCUUGCUGAACAAGUUGCAGCUGGUGAAGCUGAAGAAGAAGAGGAGGAAGCUGAGGUUGUUCAAGAAAUUGAUCCUUAUGAAUUGGCAAGUGCAGUAGAAAUUUUAUCAAAAAUGCCCAAAGAUUUUUACGAAAAUGUGGAAGCUAAAAAAUGGCAAGACAGGAAAGAUGCUCUUGAAGCAGUAGAAAAUUUGGUAAAAACUCCUAAAUUGGAAAACGGUGAUUAUGGCGACCUUGUAAGAGCACUUAAAAAGGUAAUACAAAAAGACAGUAAUGUUGUAUGUGUUGCAAUCGCCGGUCGAUGCAUAGCUGGACUCGCUAAUGGCUUAAAAAAGAAAUUCCAGACGUAUUCUGGAUUCUGUGUGUCAACUAUUUUAGAAAAGUUCAAAGAGAAAAAACAAAAUGUUGUAUCAGCUUUAAGAGAUGCUAUUGAUGCAGUUUAUUUAACAACAAAUCUUGAAGCUAUUUUAGAAGAUGUUUUGGAAGCACUCAAUAAUAAAAAUCCUUCUGUCAAAAUAGAAACCUCACUAUUUUUAGCGAGAGCAUUUACUAAAACUCCACCAACAUCUGUUAAUAAAAAAUUACUAAAAGCUAUAACAGCGCCUUUAACAAAAAAUAUAAAUGAAUCGGAUCAAAAUGUAAGAGAAGCAUCUGCCGAAGCUUUGGGAACUUUGAUGAAACUUGUGGGAGAAAAAACUAUUGCUCCUUUCUUGGUAGAAUUAGAAAAAGACAAUUUAAAAAUGGCCAAAAUUAAAGAAUUCUGUGAUAAUGCUGUUAUUCUUGUAAAAACACCUGGAGCUAAAAAGGAAAAAGUUGCGGCAGCUUCCACAAAAGCUCCACCUAAAGCUCCAGCUACUAAACCUGAUAGUAAAAAACCUGCCAAGAAGAAAGCAGAAAUAUCUUCAGGUACCGCCACUGUAGUGAGAUCAAAAGGGCCAAAAACUUUAUCAAAGUCAUCAUCUCAAAAUAUUGAAAAAGAACUAGCAGAUGAAGAGGUGGAUAGUAUAGUCAGUGAUGUCAUUUCUGCUAGUAUUAUAACUGAUAUUGCAAGCGCCAAUUGGAAAUUGAGAUUGGCUGCAGCUGAACAACUAUUGACAGAAAUAAAAGGCUUAGAUUCCAAAUCAGUACCUACCCAAGCUCUAACAAAGUUUAUUUCUAAAAAGCCUGGUCUCAAAGAUACAAACUUUCAAGCACUAAAAGCAAAAUUAGAUGUUAUUAAAUAUCUUGCAGAAAAUACAAAUUUCACUAUAACAUCUGCCGGUUGUUGUGUUGCCGAGAUUGCUGAAAAGUUUUCAGAUGCUAAAAAUGGUACUUCCGUUGCUGAAACUUUGAGCGCUAUAGCUGAGGCUACUACUCUAGGACAGGUAUCAGAUAUGGUGUUGGAUUUUGCUUUUGGACAACGGAGCCCUAAGGUCCAACAAGAAGCGUUGGUAUGGUUAUCUGGAGCUCUUAAAGAAUUCGGAUUUUCAAACCUUAACAUCAAGUGUCUCAUAGACAAUUGUAAAAAAGCUUUGGGAUCUACAAACCCGGCUGUCAGACAAUCUGCUAUAUCACUAUUAGGAGUUAUGUACUUGUACAUGGGCGCUACAUUGAAUGUAUUUUUUGAAAAUGAAAAACCCGCCUUGCGUGAUCAAAUUAAUGCCGAAUGUGAUAAAUAUGAAGGUGAAAAACCACCAAUACCAACUAGAGGAGUGGUAAAGUCUGCAAGUACUGACAGUUUGGAUGUAGUGGAAGACGACGAACCUGAGCAAGUGAACAUUCAAGAUCUCAUUCCUAGAGUUGAUAUUAGUGGACAGAUCACAGAAACUAUUUUAACGGAACUUUCAGAUAAAAAUUGGAAAGCUCGAAAUGAAGCUGUAACAAAAAUAGCUGUAAUAAUUAAUGAAGCCAAAUUUAUUAAACCGAAUUUAGGUGAUUUACCUCAAGCAAUAGUCAUUAGACUAACAGACAGUAAUGUUAAAAUUGCUCAGUCCACUCUAGGAUUAUGUGAUUCAAUAUGCAAAGCCAUGGGUCCACCAUUCAAGCAACAUAUUAGAACAUUCUUUCCAGCCAUUUUACAAGGUUUGGGUGAUAGCAAAGCUUCUUUAAGAGCUUCUUGUAUGGAUACAAUAAAUGCUUUUUCUGCACAGUGUGGUUAUAAGGAAUUUUUUGAAGGAGAAAUGAUAGCUGAUGCAUUAAAAUCAGGGUCACCAUCGCUGAGAAUUGAACUUUGGAAUUGGUUGGCAGAAAAUGUUCCAAAAAUACCUCCCAAGCAAAUACCAAAAGAAGAACUAGUUGCAUGUAUUCCACAUCUGUACACCAAUUUGGAAGACAGAAACGCCGAAGUUAGAAAAAAUGCACAGGAAGCUAUUUUGGGCAUUAUGAUUCAUUUAGGAUACGAAUUUAUGGCUAAGCAAACAGAAAAACUUAAACCAGGAUCUAAAACAGUAGUAUUAGCCGCAUUAGAAAAAGUUAGACCAAACUUACCAGUUAAACCAUUACCCACCAAGAAAGCUGAAAAAGAAGAUAAAGCUGUGAGAGGGACAAAACCUGUUGCUAGUGGCAAAAACGCUGUUAAGAAUAAGCCGACUGCUUCAAACAAAUCAGCUGCUCCAGCUCAAACACGAAAAAAAGAUGAUGACAUCGAUACAUCGCCCCUAUUAGUCGCUAAUACAUUGAAACUUCAGAGAAUUUUAGAUGAACAAAAAUUGAGGGUUCUCAAAUGGAACUUUACUCAACCAAGAGAAGAAUUCGUGGAUCUCCUAAAGGAUCAAAUGUCGGCUGCUAAUGUCAAUAAAACUCUUUUGAUGAAUAUGUUUCAUUCAGAUUUUAGGUAUCAUAUUAAAGCGCUUGAAUCUCUUUCUGAUGAUUUGGCUGAUAAUAGUGACGCUUUGAUAGCAAAUCUAGAUCUCAUUUUGAAAUGGUUGACUUUGAGAUUUUUUGAUACUAACCCUUCUGUUUUACUAAAGGGACUGGAAUAUCUUCAAUUUGUUUUCAACAUGCUCAUUGAAUCAAAAUAUCGAAUGUUAGAAAAUGAGGUGGCCUCAUUUGUUCCCUACCUCAUUAACAAGAUUGGCGACCCAAAAGAUUCUGUUCGCAAUGGCGUCAAAGCAUUAUUAAACCAACUCAAUAGGCUAUUCCCCAUAAACAAAUUAUCUCUGUAUAUAAUGGAUGGCGUGAAAUCUAAAAAUGCGAGACAAAGGGCAGAGUGUCUAGAAGUUAUGGGCGGUAUUAUUGAAGAUUUUGGAAUCACUGUAUGUAUGCCUACUCCAGCCGCUUGCUUGAAAGAAGUCGCCAAACAAAUAUCUGACAGAGACAAUUCUGUGAGGAGUGCUGCACUUAAUUGUGUUUUACAGGCUUAUAACAUUGUCGGAGAAAAAGUUUAUAAGCUAGUUGGUAAUAUAUCUGAUAAAGACAUGUCUUUGUUGGAAGAAAGAAUUAAGAGAUCAAGUAGAAAAACAAUGGCUCCACCUAAACCUGAAGUAAAUACGACUGUUGUGACCACUAUUAUAUCUCCUCAGAAAGAAAAUACACCUCCUAACAGAAACACUUUGGAUGCUACUCAUACUGUCAACGAUGUAAAUAAUGGAAGUGAUCAAGAAGAUGUAGAGGAAGACAUGUUACCGCCUGUAGUGCAGGCUGGUGUAACAUCACAACCUGUAAGUUUUGGAGAAGCUGUUUCAAGACUUAGUUACGUCAAUACCUUGAGUCCUAAAAAGCAAGAUCCAGUUAUUGAGAGAUUAAUCAAACAAAUGGCAUCACAAAAUCCUACAGUAUCAUUAGCUGGUAUGACCCAAUUACAUGAAAUACUUGCUCAGUCAAGGGGAAAUGCAUUUGUUGACUAUGAAGACGAUUUUAUGAAUGGAAUUAUUUUUCAAUUCCAACAAUUGCAAUCUGCUGAUCUCACCAUGGAUCCAGGUGCAGUAAAAAUGUACAGAAAUGUAUUGACAACCAUAGAUGCGUUCUACAAUAACAAAACAUUAGGUAGCCACGUCUCGGUUCCAGUGAUAAAAGAACUCAUGUUACAAAUGAUAACACUAUUAGUAGAAGAACGGUUAAAUAAGGUUCCCAAUGGUGAUGCUUAUGUAAGGGUGAUUAAUUUACAUUGUGUCAAGGUUAUUGAAAGAUCCGACCACACAAAUACAAUAUGUGCUUUGGUGAAAUUAAUAAAUGAGUCUAUAGGUAAUAGCAGUUCUCCUAGACUAGUAGAUUUAGUGAUGAAAUGUCUAUGGAGGGUGAUCAAAUUAAUGCCACAGUGGGGUGAUGACAUUGAUUACGACUCUGUAUUGUUAGAAAUACAUAAUUUCCUUAAAAAAUAUCCCUCAUCAUGGUGGAAAAAUAAAGAAGUAGAUACACCGUUACGAACAGUAAAAACUGUUCUCCAUUCCAGUGCAAAGAUCAAGGGUGGUACUAUUAUGUUACAUUUUGGGAAGAUUCCAAAUACAAGUGAAUCGGAGGUUGAAACCUACAUUUUAAGAAUACUAAAGAGUUUAAAAAUAUCCGAAAUUCAGCAUAUUCCGGUGAAACAAGAAAUGCAAAGAAGAUCACUUUCUAGAGCCAAUCACAAAAUGCUGACAGAUAUAUUUCAAAAAAUUGGUAGCAAAGAUGAAACAAAGGAAGGUUUGAAUUUACUUUAUGAUUUCAUGCAGCAACACCCUGAAGCUGAUAUAGAGCCAUUUUUGUCUAAUUCUAGUAAAUUUUUCCAAGAUUAUAUUAAAAACGGACUGAAAGACAUAGAAGACUCCAGGAAACCUUUGAAGACUCCCAUAAAUGAAAAAGGUGUUGAUAAUAUCCAAGAAAAAAUGGAAAUUGCAGUUCCUCAGUCGGACCCUAAUAAAGGUCCAGAUUAUUGGAAAGAAAGACUGAAUAUGUGGAAUCGGCUAUUUGACGACGUCAAAUUGGGAAGAAACGCAGAUGUUCCUGAAUAAAUUCUUAAAUAUACGUAACGUCCUACUAAACAUUUCAUAUUUACGUGCAAAACUUUUAUUGUUGAUAAAGUAGGGUAGAUGUUAAUCAUCAACGUAAUCUACUCUUGUUGUAUGACCUACUCACAUCUAGCCUAUUUAUUUUUCUCUAACAUUGUGAUAGAUAUAGCAUUUUUUAGUGAUUGAUGGACAAUUGUCUUACUUAUACAUUAUUUCUUUGUGUUUUAACUUAUUGUUAGGCAUUGGAUAAGUAAUCCUUAUCAGUAUUGUGCAUGUAGCUACAAAAAUUAUUUAGUUUAACUUUUUAGAAAAAAUGUCACCAUUCUUCUAAAAUGAAUUGAGAUACAUUUUUAAAAACAUUAAAUUUUUAGUUAUUAGUGAAAUUAAUGACUUUAACCAGAUCCUAACACGAUUUAACUUAUCAUUUUGUUGGACCAAUAUAUUAGUUAUGAUGCGCUAGCUAUUGAGCGAAUUACUGGUGUUAGGUACUUACCUACUGUCUAAUUUUUAUUUAUACUGAGUGCCUGUAAUCUUAUUUUUGAGAUAAUUACUUUUUUAUUACAUUACAAACAUUCUCUGUUACUAGUUUUAAUAAAAAGAUUUCUCAAUUGAUGUUUUGUUUUAAUUACCUCAUUUUUUAUUAUUAAUAAUUGGAAAGAAUACUUACAAGCACAAUUAGUAAUUAUAGUUUUCAAUGAAUAUGUUCAACAAUAUCAAUAUAUAUAUAUAUAUAUAUAUAUAUAUAUAUAUAUAUAUAUAUAUAAUGAAAAAGCUAUUUUAUAAUUUACACAUUUAUUUUUCAUUUUUAUCAUCAUUUUCAUCACUUUCUUCCUCAGAUGAUACAUUACAAACAUUCUCUGUUACUAGUUUUAAUAAAAAGAUUUCUCAAUUGAUGUUUUGUUUUAAUUACCUCAUUUUUUAUUAUUAAUAAUUGGAAAGAAUACUUACAAGCACAAUUAGUAAUUAUAGUUUU